GGCUACAUUCGGGCGUAGGUAAGGGUUUCUUUGCACAUGCCUCUGGGUGGUUUUGGGCUGCCAGUGAUCGUUGAGUGAAAAAUGCUUAUUUGUUGUGGCAACGGCUGCUUGAGGAGGCGUCCGAACUUAGCUCCUGAAUUGAACCAGGUGGCGGCAUGCUAUGGGAGGAAGACCCUGUUAACAGUGUUAAGCUUGACUUUAGUUAGACACUGUGAAGGGAAAGUGAGAGGACUUACAUGUUGCAACCUGCUCGACGACGAGAAAAGCAACGGCCAACAGGGUGAUGAGCUGAAGGUAAAGGUGAACAAACUGUCUUCGGCAAGGACACAGUUGCCCUACGAUUACUACUCGCUGCCCUUCUGCCGACCAACCAAAAUUGAAAAUGAAGCGGAGAAUCUCGGGGAAGUGCUCCGAGGAGAUCGGAUUGAAACGUCUCCUUACAUUUUCAAGAUGAAGAAGCACGCAGCUUGUCAAGUUGUUUGCAAGAUAAAACUUGACAAGGAAGGCGCGAACAAGUUCAAGAGCAAGAUCGAUGAUUCAUACGCUGUGAACAUGAUCUUGGACAAUUUGCCAGUCGCAACUGAUAUGAAUACAUAUAUUUUGCCUGGAUAUGAGAUUGGCAAGAAAGUAUCUGAGAGAGUUGGAGAGCCGGCCAGGUAUCACAUUAACAACCACCUGCAGUUUGUAGUGGACUAUCAUCAAGAUCCUGUGAAGAAUACAAUGAGAGUUGUCGGGUUCAAAGUCAAACCCAACAGUAAGAAGCACACUUAUCAGGGCGAGUGGGCUCAGGGAGUGGAGCUUGAGAGCUGCAAUACAGACAAAAAGCUAUAUGUGGCUGAUGAUAGUGAUCCUCAAGAGAUUAGAGAAGACGAAGAAAUCAUAUUUACGUAUGAUGUGACAUAUGUGCCAAGCCUCGUGAAGUGGGCAUCGCGAUGGGACAUGUACUUGGGCAUGCAGAAUGAUCAGAUUCACUGGUUCUCGAUCAUCAACUCGCUGAUGAUCGUCCUCUUCCUAUCGGGAAUGGUGGCCAUGAUUAUGCUGAGGACUUUGCACCGGGAGAUAUCGAAGUACAAUCAACUCGAGACCCAGGAAGAGGCGCAGGAAGAGACUGGCUGGAAACUAGUGCACGGGGAUGUCUUCCGGGCUCCGAAUAAUCCAGGACUUCUCUGUGCUUAUGUCGGAACCGGCGCUCAGAUUCUUGGUAUGACUUUUGUGACCAUGAUAUUUGCCGUUCUCGGGUUCCUCUCUCCUGCGAAUCGCGGCUCCUUGAUGAGUGCGAUGCUUUUGCUCUGGGUAUUCAUGGGCCUCAUCGCAGGGUACUUGUCCGCGCGGUUGGCCAAGUCCUUCAAGCUCACUGAAUGGAAAAGCGUCACUCUGCGGACGGCUUUCAUGUAUCCGACCUUUGUGUUCCUCGUCUUUUUCAUUCUCAACUGCUUAAUCUGGGGUGAAGCGUCGUCUGGAGCUGUGCCGUUCUCUACGAUGUUUGCGCUCGUGUUCCUGUGGUUUGGCAUUUCCGUCCCUCUUGUGUGCAUCGGAAGCUAUGUUGGUUUUCAGAAGCCUGCCCUGGAAGACCCAGUGCGGACGAACAAGAUUCCAAGGCAGAUCCCGGAGCAGGCGUGGUAUAUGCAGCCCUUCUUCUCCGUCCUUGUCGGGGGUAUUCUGCCCUUCGGAGCAGUGUUCAUCGAACUCUUCUUUAUCCUGUCUUCCAUCUGGCUCCAGCAGUUCUACUACAUCUUCGGGUUCCUGUUCUUGGUGUUCAUCAUUCUGAUCGUUACCUGCGCGGAGAUCACCAUCGUGCUUUGCUACUUCCAGCUUUGCAGUGAAGACUACAACUGGUGGUGGAGGGCAUACCUUACCUCGGGUUCGUCCGCGUUGUACCUUUUCCUGUACGCCGCUUUCUACUUCUUCUCCAGGCUCCAGAUCACAAAGGUUGUGUCAGGAAUCCUCUACUUCGGGUACAUGCUCAUCAUUUCGUACUCGUUCUUCGUGCUCACUGGCACCGCCGGGUUCUAUGCAUGUUAUUGGUUUGUACGCACCAUAUACGGGUCCGUGAAGAUCGAUUAGCAGACAUUCUGCGAGGGUUCCUACUUCUGUCAAAUUCUUAGUUUUACUGGUCGUAAGGGAGGGGGGGAGGAAACAGCCUCUGAAGGUUUAGGGUUUAGGAUAUGUAGAGAAGUCUGCUUGCUGAUGAUGGGUAGGUUUUUGUUUUUGUUUUUUUUUUUGGAACCGUUUGCCUUCUUGAUAUUGGUUACUGCCAGAGAGUCUCUGGAGGACCGAGACAUGAUCAUUUUUUCUUCCCAAUUUUAGGGUGGAUUUAUCAUUGGCUCUGCGCGGAUGGAAUGAGGUCCAUGCAGGAUGGGGAGGAGGAGGGAGGGAGGGAGGGAGGGGGAGAGGAGGGACUGAGGACGAGGGGAGGGGAUGGAAAAGCUGGGAGUUGAAUAUGGUGAUUGGACGGGAUAUAGUCAUGUGGAUUGUUGUUUAGAAUCCAUUUUUCAGAAUGUGUCAUGCACGCAUUGGCGCUCUUGUAGGUCACCUGCCUCUUGUUGCAUUCGGGCCGCUAUCUGUUUGGGCCAUGAGAUAUCGGAGAGGAUCAGGUUGCGGUUGGAGUUGCUUUGCAAGUCGUUGUCUGAUUACCGGGCAGGCACGCUUUGGCAGGCUCAACUGUGUGCAUCAAUUUGUAAGUGGAUUUUUUCCCCCUUAAAAUGGAAAAAUACCUUCAUCGUCCGACUCUGUUCGAUGUGUGUCUCUGCACCACUCCCAUUAAACACCUGUGAUUCUAUGCAUGGAGGUGGCGGACUUACGUGUGAGAGUGGUUUUCUGAGACAGAUGCUGAGCUUUUCUGAGUGUCUGCGCAGAUGCAUGCCACGGUCACCCAUGAUGUCGCCAAUCAUCUCACCACCAAUAAGGCGCCCUGUGUUGGAACGAGGGAGGGACUUUGGGCCCAGGGGUGAUCGGAGUGUAACUAGAGUCUUCGACAACCGGCUUGUGCAUGUUAUGUGACUCUUAGUAUUCACGAUUGGUUAUUUGCAGUUGAUGUUUUUCCCCUGAUGGAUCUCGAGUGUUUUGAAUGCACUCAUGUCAAGUUGUGCGCCUUUCCGUGAUACCCCAGAGAUUGAGUGGCCUGGGGAGUCGUCAGCGGUUCUCCAGUUAACAUUGUGUCAUGCUUCUAGUCCUGGUGUAGGACUACCUUACAGUGGGUUGCUGACCCGUACGUUCCAUAAGCAGCUGUCUUCUCCUCACAUGAUUUGUGUUCGUAGCAUUGUUGUUAUACAGGUAACGAAGUGAUCAACGUA